AUGACUCUUGCGUGUUUACGGAUGGCCAAAGAGCAACCCAGGGUUCAGCGUUUCUGGCUUAUCGAAUUGAUAUCUAUUUCGCAGUUCAACGAUUACUUCUUAAGAGUCUACUCACCUGGCCCAGCCACAGAUGCUGAUAUGAUCAUAGUCAACGGAGGCCUAUACUGGCUUUACUGCGAGUGUGCUAGCCUGUUUGUAGAUCAAAAGGUUAAGGGGAACUAUAUGGACCAGGCUAUGCUAUGCCGGGAUAAUCUCGAGACAGUUUUGUCAAAUCUCCCAUUCCACAUGCCAGUCACCACUGAUGUUGUCUUUGCUAUGAAUGUUGCAGCAACAUACUGUCUCCAGAUGGCCAAGCCGUCAAUAGCAUGGAGUUUUAUUACUACAGCAUCCCAUCUAUCCCAAACGCUCGGUCUUCAUAGCGCCCACGCUCUAAGCACAGACAACCAAGAGACCAAGGACCAAAAGAUUCGCCUAUUUUGGGCCGUGUUCCUCACGGAGAAGUGGUUGUGUCUACGACUGGGUCGAUCGUCAACCUUUCGAGAUGAAGAUAUCACGGCACCGCUGGUGACUUUCGACCAGAAUGUGGAGACGCUGUUGGUACCCAAGUGGAUUGAUUUAGCGAAAAUCCAGGGAAAGACAUACAAUGAUAUCUAUAGCCCUAGUGCUCUUAUGCAACCGAUUGAUACCAGAAUCUCCCGUGCAAGGACUCUGGUCGCUGAGGUAAAUAAACUCAUGGUUUCUGAAGAUGAGUUAGAGAGAAGAUACAAUGACGCAAGACGCCGUGCUAUCGGAGACGAUCUCCACGAGAUUAUUCAGCGUUCAGAUAGGGUCUGCAAUCUAUCUCUACUAUCACUCAUCUAUCGAGCAAUCCCUCCUAAGAAGCCCUCGGGAACUGCCUUCUGUGAUGAAUGCAUAGCUACAGCACGAGAAGCACUCAAAGAGCAUGAAAAGUGUGUUGCCCUGAUUCUCAAAUGCCCUUGGGAUGAGAGCUUUCUGGAAAUGUACAUCAACUGGACCCUACUCCAAUUUCCUUUCUUCCCUUUCAUAGUCCUUUUCUGCUACAUCGUCGAGACAUCUGAGCCCGACGACCUUAAAUGUCUCGGCGCUUUUGUCGAGGUACUCCAAUCAGUUCGCUCCACAGCAACCUACAAAGUGUCCAGAAAUCAGGUCCGCCUUUUUCGAGCCCUAUAUGACGUAGCAAGAAAAUACGUGGAAGUGAAGGCUAGCACUCCCGGAGUACGAAUGAAUGUACCAAGCAGCAACAGCACGGGUGGUCAUAUUGCGAAUUCUAAUGCCAUAGGGUCUAGCAUGCUUCUUCAGUCAUCAUCAGCGAACCUGGACCAGGUUUCUUCUAACCCUGGAGUUCUACACAGUGUGUCUGAGGCUGGUUUGUCUAACCCAUGGGUGAAUAGUGGUCAGCAGCUAUUGACACAAAUACCUGGGUAUGGGCCCAGCGUGUACCCUUCCGCGCCCCCACAGACUGAUUUGAAUAAUAAUAUGGGAAUGGACUUAACGGGGAUGGAGCUGGGAGACUGGUUCUAUGAGAAUCAUCAGAUGUUCCGGUUGAUGGAUGAUGGGCAGCUUUGGUAA